AUGGAAAACAUGGAAGAUGUUGAUGACGUCCUUCAGGAAUUGAUCGAUUCAUUGAACGGAACGAGGCAAAUGAACUUCCCUGAAAGAUUGUUCCUGUGUUUGGAGUUUAUUGAUAGACAUCCAGAUUAUUUUGAUCAAGUUGGAGCAAUUUGGAGCGAUGAUGGCAACGAUUUUGUGGUCUACAGCGAUAAACUAUGCCAUAUACUUAGAAUCAAAAGGAAUUCUCUUAACAAAAACUUCAAUAUGUACGGAUUUAAAAAAUUACUCUUACUAGAUCCACCUCGCUUUGCAAAAAACAAGUUCAAGAGGAGUUUACUCAUACGCCGUACAAGCUCUCAGUUCCAAUUCAGCAGAAGUACAGAUUUUAGUACGAUCAGAAAAGCAGCAUCAUUAACGACCAGAUUUACGUCAAUCAAGAAGAAGAUCGAAGUAACUGAUGAUCAGGGUCCUCUUAUUCGAUCCAGUUGGUUAAAUUUAAUCGGACCGAAAAAAAAGGUCACUAGAGACGAAUUGGUUGAACGUAUAAUCACUGGUAUUAUUGAAGAUCAAGGCUCAUCUCAUUAUGAUGCUUGGAAAGCUACGAUAACUUCAUUGAUCGAAAAUGAAGAGCUUGGUUUCACAGAAUACAUGAACUUUGUGAAGAAGUAUGGUGUUCUGAGUGCGGCCAUCAAAUUCUUUCAAACAAUUAUUUCAUAUGAUGGAAUAAUUGAACCAUGGUAUGGAAGUUCGAUCAAAACUGGCUGGAAUUGGUGCGUAUACCAGUAUUUUCCAUGCAGGCUUAAAGUUUGCAAGCGUAACCGCGAGACAAUUAUUAUUGAUCAUAAAUUCAACGGAGAAUUUGCUGUUAUUACAGCAGAGUCGGGUCUUGUGACAAGCUUCUCCUUGAAAGAGUUGCUCUUUGACAUUUUGAAGCUUGAGAACAUUGAAAUUGCAAAUUUCGAUGUUGAAGCCGAAGAAAAUGACGUUGAAGAUAAUCAUCUACCAAAGCUUGAAUGGGAACACAUUCAAUCAUCCCCAGAGUAUACAGAUUUUUCUUUACAUUUAUAA